AGACAUGGUUAAAUUUAAGAAGUUUCGGCUUAUUAUUCGGUGGAAUGGUCGGGUGACAAACUCGAACAUUGGCAUCGACUAUGAAAAUGGCGAAUCCACUAUGCUAAAAAUUGAGUCGAGAUUCUCGUGGCAAGAACUCCAUGACAUUUGUGCAGAAAGGACUUGUACGGGCGAGCAAAGGAGAGUUGGUCAAAUUGCUUACCGCUAUCCAAACAUGAGUGCUGGCGGAGUUGUGUACGAAAAAGUUGUCAUAAACGAUGAUGACUCGGUGAACAUGAUGAUACAGUUCCUAUCUGACAACGGGUUGCGGCUUGCAGAGGUGUAUGUCGAGACCGAGCCAGUCGGUGAAACUCAUUCUCACCAGUAUUCUUGUGAUGAUGGUUUUGCAGGAGGGUAUGGCUGGGGUGGUAGUUCAAGUAACUAUGAAGGAGGUAACUACGAAGGAGGUACUUCUGCAGGAGGGUAUGGGUGGGGUGGUACUUCAAGCAACUACGGAGGAGGUAGUUAUGAAGGAGGUGGUGGUUGGGAAGAAUACCUGCAACCAACUGAGACUGCCGUCAAUAUCGUUCAGCCCGACGGUGAUCAAUGGCCUGCUUGGGGUCCAGAGUGGGCUGACAUUGCGAACAACCUUCGAUCUGGGCGUUCUUCGCAUGACCAACAAGACGAUGUUGGUUAUGCCGGCAACGAUGACCAUCCUGAGUCGAGCUAUCCAUUCGCCUCUAGUGACGAUGAAAGUGAGGAAGAUUUGACAUCAGUCAGUGAGGAGGAAGAUACGGACGAUAUCGACGAUAUCGAUGACAGAGAGGUGGCGUUCCGUCAGGCACCAACACCUUACUACACAGAGAGGUGGCGUUCCGUCAGGCACCAACACCUUACCACGUUCCUUACUUGGCAAUAGAUCUAAAUUAGCUAAAUACGAUUUGGUUAGAAAAAUCUAGCUAAAUUUCCUAACUUGGAAGAUAUCUAAAUUCACUAAAUACUAUAAUUGCAG